GCACGACUUGCUGGAUAUUUCCCCCCCUCCCGUGAAGAUGGAGUUUGGUGAAAGGAAGAGGAGAAGGAAGUCGCAGAGCUUUAAGCUGGUCACGGAUGAAGAUUUUGAUGCUCCAUAUAUGAUAAACUCCAGCUGUAAAGAUGCAGAUGGUGAACCGAAAGAUGCGGCCGUACCUGAUGUUUGGCUGGAGGAUGAAGGCAUGGAGAUCAAAAGGCAAAUCACAGGGAUGAUGAGGCUUCUGAGUGAUAAGAGCAGCAGGGCAUAUCACCGCGCCGGAGCAGAGCAGGACGGCGUAGUGAGAGAGCCUCAGGAAAGACAUCUGAACUGGGCACAUCAGCCUGCCCUGCUGUCUCUCGUGUCAGAGGACCACCAGAGCAGCAGCUGGAACUCUGCAGGUGACCCGGGCCCUUCGCCUUCAUCCCUGUCCUCCUCUAUCCUGAACGGCCCGGGCUGUGGCCAGUACAGCACCCGAUCCCGAACCCUCAGGAUCCUCAACAACACGAAGGAUUUAAUCAAAGUGAACGAAGCUAAUGAUGUGGUCCCCCCUGCUGUGCCAGAGGUCCCCUGCUGUAUGUGUAACUGUAAAGGCACCUUGCAGGCCAUUUUGCAGGAGCUACGCACCAUGAGGAGGCUGAUGCAGACUCAGAAAGCAUCCUUAGAGCGGCAGGAACAGGCAGCAUCCUCCUGCCAACCUCGCCUUGGUCCAGGACCAGCUCCCCGCCGUAGGCCCCGAAAGAGGAGGCCAAUCUAUAAGGUCACCCCGCUGGCUGCAUGCAGCACGAGGAGAGCUGCCCCGACCCCUCUGGAGGCAUCGUCUCAUAAAACUGUGCUUUCACAAUCUGGAAAGCCGGAGGAAUGUGAAAAACAAGAAGAGUCGUCCUCCACAAACGUUCAUCCCAUCUCUUCUAACGUUUCUGUGCUGCCACCUCAGAAAGACCCAGUCCCUGCCACCAACUCACAAAGUAAUCUCCUGAGCCAACGAAGGGAACCUCAGGCUUUAGAGUCCGAGGUGCGUCUUGCAGAGGAUUACGAUGUGUUUAUCUCAAAGGCCCAGCUAGACUCCAUUCUGGUCAACUAUACACGCUCAGGCAGCCUGCUGUUCAGAAAACUGGUGUGUGCCUUCUUUGAUGAUACCACCCUGGCCAACUCCUUGCCCAAUGGUAAAAGGAAGAGAGGACUCAAUGACAACCGGAAGGGCCUGGACCAGAACAUUGUGGGCGCCAUUAAAGUGUUUACAGAGAAAUACUGCACCGAGCACAGAAUAGAGAAGCUGCCUGGGCCACGAGACUGGGUUCAAAUACUUCAAGAUCAGAUCAAACUUGCCAGGAGAAGGUUGAAAAGAGAUGCUGCAGAAGCAGAAAGCUCCAACGGACCUUCAAUAAGUUGUGAUUAUAACAAGCCUGUAGGUGGGGAGCAGACAGUGGUGAAUAUAAGUGGGUGAUUCAGCAGCUGCCUCGAUCAUCGUUCAGUGGAUGGGUUGGUUUUUUUUUCCCUCCAACUUUACACAUGGCCACUUAUUUCUUUUUUUCAGCUGUUGACUGCCAUGUGCAAACUAUUGUAACGGGUAAAUUACAGUAACGUCAAAGGAACCAGAAGCAAAUGAUACUCUCUUGUUCCUUCUAUACAUACAUACAGCACCAUACACUGUAUAUCUGUGAUCUUAAGGAGUUGGGUAAACAUGAAAACAAUGGGGUGAUGAAUUGCACAGCUGACAUGUAAUAAAAGAAGU